AUGCAGAUACUGAGAACCACGAGAUGUCCUUGUGUCGCUUGCCUUCUCAUUGCGCUCCAGUGGGGAGGGGUCAUCUACGCAUGGUCUGACGGCCGUAUCAUCGCCCUGCUGGUCUUGUUCAGCAUCCUGGUCAUCGUGUUUGUUGGAGUAGAACGCUGGAUUGGCGACGACGCCAUGGUGCCCAAGCGCGUGGUUAAACAACGAAGUGUUAUUGCGUCCGUUCUCUUCGCUUUCACAAAUGGAGGUUCUUGCUAUCUAUUCGCCUACUACAUCCCCAUCUGGUUCCAAGCUUGCAAAGGCAGUAAUCCAAUCCAGGCCGGAGUCAAUAUACUUCCGCUUGUGAUUGCGCAGACGAUAGCAUCCAUCUCGUGCGGCCUUGGCGUCACAGCCACUGGCUACAUCUGGCCGUUCAUGACAGCAGCCUCCGUCUUCACUGCGAUAGGAGCAGGACUUUUGACCACCUUCCAGGUUGAUAUUUCGAACGUUGUCGCUCUCGAGGAUAUUGCCAUUGCGUUUAGUCUCAUUAUGAUGAUGCAGGCUAUUGGCGGGUCCGACUUCAUCUCUCUGGUCCAAGCCGUCCUUGCGAAUAGCCUCGCCAGUGACCUCGUCGGCGCUGGUCUAUCUGAGGAGCAAGCCUCUGACGCACUGGCAGGAGGAGUAACAGAUGUCUCGAAUGGGCUGACGGGCUGGCUCCCUGAGAGCCCGGGUGCUCGCCGUCGUCAACGAUUCCCUGACACACGCCUGGUUGGUCCCCGUUGUGCUCACUUCUGCAAGGAGGCAAAGGUGGCGAAGGACGACGAGGCUGCGAUUGAGGAGACAAAGGAGGGCAGCAACCCUGUUGUCGCCUUCUAG